UCAGAAGUCAGGAUCAACCCAAAUCCUCGAACCCUAGCGCUGCAAGAUUCCUUCUUUUUUUUCAUUUUUGUUUUUCGUUUUUGUUGUGUACAUCUUGAAGGAGGUUCUGUUUGUUUGUCUGCGGCGGCGCGUGAGGAAUUUUUGGGCGCGUAGGAAGGACUUUCUCGGAUAUUAAUGUUUAAUCCUUCAACCACAUUGGGAAAUUCUCGACGGAUCCCUGUCGGAAUCCUACUGGGAAUUCUGGAUUCCGUACAGGAAUGGCUUCCGCCGUCUUAGCUAACCGAAACGAAUCCAAUUGGCCGCAGCCGAGAGGCAACGGCCGUGGUACGGAAGGUGAAUUCAUGGGUAAAGUACCUUUUUCUAACCCUAACCCUAAAUUUAAUAAGAAACUAUUUCAUGGCGAGAUGAACGGUUUUCAGAAAGAUGAAUCGCCGGCUGUGACUCAAUCAGCAUCAGAUGAUGCAUCGUCAAUCAAUCAUCAUCUUAGAUUGUCCAACGGCGUCGAUUUUUGUCAAUACGUGAGCUUCAACGUUUCCUCGUGCUCGAGGAAGGAGCUGAUCGAGCUGAAGAGCAAGUUAAUCUCCGAGCUAGAACAGAUUCGGAAAUUGAAAAAUCGCAUCAAUUCAGGCGGACAACAUUCCAGACCAAAACACCAGAAAAAAUCGUCAAAAACCUCGGGAACCAAGCGGCCUCUACCAACGUCGAGCAACGGCAAGGAUUUGAAGCGAUCAAAUUCAGAAAAUGGUAAUCUAAUGAAGACUUGCUCGCAGAUUUUGACGAAACUGAUGAAGCACAAACAUGGCUGGAUCUUCAACAAGCCGGUCGAUGUGGUAGGGAUGGGCCUUCACGAUUACUACGACGUCGUCAAGCGUCCGAUGGAUUUGGGAUCCGUCAAAACCAUUUUGAGUAAAGAUGCGUACGAAUCGCCGUUCGAUUUCGCCUCCGAUGUGAGGUUGACCUUCAAGAACGCGAUGACCUAUAAUCCCAAGGGCCACGAUGUACACGCUAUGGCGGAGCAAUUACUGUCGAGAUUUGAGGAAUUGUUUCGACCUCUGAGUGAAGUCCUCGAAGAAGAAGAUCGUCGGUAUCGUAGCUACCAGGAAGAGCUACCAGCGAAUUCCUGGAAUCUUUCAGAGGCUGAAAGAACAGUGAAGAAGGAUCCUCAGAAGCAAAUUGUGAAGAAGACAGAGCCGAUGAAAGCUCCGUCGAGCUCCUCGAACCCCCCGCCGAUGAUGCAAUCGCCGGUGAAAACACCCUCGCCUUUACGGGCACCGCCUGUAAAGCCAGUGAAACAGCCGAAGCCGAGAGCUAAAGAUCCAAAUAAGAGGGAAAUGACACUAGAGGAGAAGCACAAAUUGGGAAUUGGGUUGCAGAGUUUGCCGCCGGAGAAAAUGGAGCAAGUGGUGCAAAUCAUAAAGAAGAGAAAUGGGCAUUUGAAGCAGGAUGGAGACGAGAUUGAGCUCGACAUUGAGGCCGUUGAUACCGAAACACUCUGGGAGCUCGACCGACUGGUGACGAACUGGAAGAAGAUGAUGAGCAAGAUCAAACGACAGGCUUUUAUCACUGCUACGUCUAACAAGACCAAUGGGGUUAAGCCAACCCCUGAGAAAAUGGAGGUCGGUUCGGAGAUGAAGAAGCAACGGAAAGGGGAGGCUGGGGAGGAAGAUGUGGACAUUGGCGAUGAAAUGCCUGCGAGCAAUUUCCCACCGGUUGAGAUCGAGAAAGACGCUGGAGGAGGGCACGGUGCGAGCAGUAGUUCGAGCGGCUCGAGUAGUUCCAGCAGUGAUGAUUCCUCCUCUUCCAGUGAUUCGGAUUCCGACGGCAGUUCUUCUGGGAGCGAUUCCGACGACAAUGCCCAAUGAAUCGGUGAGGAUUAAAUGGAAAUAGAUCCAAAAUGGAGAGCUACAAUCUCUCAAAGCGCUGCACACGGAGUGGAACCAUUGGAUACAGGGCUGUUUAAAUCUCCGAAGUGUGAAACACAGCGAGCAUUUUUUAUGGGGUUAGAGAAGUGGGGAGUUUGUGCCACGCCAUGGCUGAAACAACACACUUGGGAGCCUCAACAAUGGAAGCGAAGUUGGUGGUAUGGUAAGGGAUGGAAGUUAGGAAGGAAUGUAGAAGAAGAUGAUGUUAGAAUUGGGAAGUUCUAUUAUAUACUCUUUUGUGUACACAUCACUAUUACACUUGUAUAUACAUAUAUAUACAUAUGUUUCAAUGUGAAUCAAUGUCCAAUUUUUCGAUUCUAAU